AUGUUGUUGCCGAUCAAAGUUAUGUGCUGUGCCGGAUGUACCAAACCGAUUUGGGAUCGUUUUUUGGCUUCAAUCGACGGUGAAACUUGGCACGAAGACUGCGUAAAGUGCAGCAUAUGCUACUGUACCCUAACCAGUUCAUGUCACAUAAGAGAUGGGAAAUUAUAUUGCAAAUAUGAUUAUUUGCGGUGUUUCGGAAUCCAAUGCGUCGGGUGCGAUCAACCCAUCUUCCCUAAUCAAUCAAUGUUACACAUCCCGGCGGGUCCUUUGGAGAUCACACAAACUGACAUCUCAAUCAACUCCCCAUCAGACCUCAGCAAACCUGUCAGUUCAAUGAACUCCGAGCAACAAACGACCUCAGUUAAACAAAAUAGUCUACAUUUUCACGAACUUUGCUUUGCCUGUUGCGAAUGUGGCCGAAUUCUUUGCCCGGGAGAAUUGCAUACAAUGCGCGGAUCUUUGCCCUUAUGUCUACCCGAUUCACAAAGACAGUUCCGGUCACAUUCAAGCACUUGCCCCGGUUGUUCAACUUGCACGAUGGACUACGAGUUAGGCUAUUUAGGGCAGAAGGGGGUCCAGCCUGAAGCGCCCAAUCCUGAGCAUAUCGGACUGUCUGCUACAUCUGAAUCUUUGCAAUGCUUUCAUCUUGGUUUCAUGUCUCUGGUGAAUUUGAUGAAACCGAGUGAUCAACAAGAGUUCAGUGAGGGUUACUUUUUGGAAAACCGUCGUUGUGCCAUUUCCUCUCAGGUAUCCAGUGAUGAAUCCAGCAAGGGGAGUCCAGAACGCGCGGAGGAAGAUGAACUGUUUGAUUUGGACAGCGAUUCUGGUUCCGGAAAGAAUUCCAAACGCCCUAGAACGAUACUCACCUCUAGUCAACGUCGACGGUUCAAAUCGGUGUUUGAGAUGAAUCCCAAACCGGCACGUAAACUCCGAGAGACGCUGGCCAGUGAAACGGGCCUGAAUAUCCGGGUUGUCCAAGUUUGGUUUCAGAACCAACGUGCAAAGAUGAAAAAACUAGCACGCCGCCAAGCACAAGAAUCCCUUCAUCAAAUGAAUCGAAGAGCAAAUCAGUGCCGCGUUCUUUCCCGAGAAUCAUCCCAAUCCAACAUAGGCUUUACUUGCGAGGUAGCAGCGUCACCGACUGUGUCAGCUCAAGACCACGUUUCAUCCCGUGCACUUGUAGCAGAGCGACAGUCGCCAUUGCUUCAAGUUCCAGAAGAAGAGAAGGAAUUACGAAGACAAUUCCUUGAUGUUUCAAGUUAUAUUGUUUCUUCAGAGCGGACAGACCAAGAGAGAACCAAGGUUGGAUCCUCAACCUCAUCAUCAAGAAUAUCGCCGGAAAUCGUGCGUGAGGCAGCUCUGGCCCCGGCCGCUCAAACUUCAACGACUGACCAUACCUCGCAUGUUUUCCCGUGCAAUUCCCCUUUUGUGAAUUUUAUCCCCUCUUCAUCUAGUUCCCUCUAUACCUACAAGGUGCAAGAAAAUAAUGAACCGUCUAUCCAUCUUUCUCCGGCUUCUAUACCAUCCACUCCCGCACGUAAUGGAAGACUCGGUUUAAUUCCGUCGUUUCCAGGACUUCUGAAGCCCUUUGCCCCAGGAUCUUCCUCACAGAAUCCAGCCUCAGCAGGAGCUCCUAUGGACAAGCUUUUUUCAAUGCAGCAAUCUUAUUUUCUGUCCUGA